UUCCCAACAGGUGGAAUUGAAUAAAGUUGCCGUGCUAAAAAUAGACAGCACGAAGACGUUCAAACUGCCUUGAUGUAUAAUUUGCAAUCAAUUAAAUUCCUAUGGUCAUAGAGACAUAAUGACGCUAAUUUGUCAGCAAAUAACGCCUGGCAAAGCGCAGCAGCGCAGUGAAUGCAGGUUUGGGUCUCGCGCUUUCAUCUCGCGCCUGUGGGCACGAACGGCAGCCGUUACGGGAAAUGCCCGGCUUUUCUCAGUGUGGCCAAACAACAACAGAACCGCAUAUGUAAAAAAUAAAGCAGUAAUUCAGUAACCCAAUAAGGAAAGUCCGACAUGAAAUUACUAUGGUUUGGGCCAGCUGUGCUCGGUCUAUGUAUCGCUUGCGCGACCACCAACAGCUGGGCGGUGCAUUUAAACGCCCCCCCCGAACACGUCGAGAGGUUUGCAGGAAAACUGGGAUUUCACAGUCUAGGGAAGGUAUUUUGGUUCGCGCAGCAGUCCAAGAAGACUGGAAUGAGAAGGGAUCCAGCAUCUCAGCCUAAUGAUCCUCCUUUGACAAAGCAGUGGAAUUUAAGAACCUUUGAUCCGAACGUAAGGGCUACCUGGGCAGUGCUGGUGUCCAUCACAGAUGAUGGAAUGGAGGAGAGCCACCUUGACCUGGAGGAAAACGAUGAUCCACAGACCAGCUACAACAUGAACAGCAACGAUCCCAACUCAGAACCUAGAUACACACCAAUGAAAGUAAACUGGCAUGUUGGGGGAGUGACCUCUGUGGCCAGUAACAGAGCGUGUGCAGUGGGUGUGGCAUAUCAGGCUACAAAUGGUGGGAUCCAGAUGCUUGAUAGUCACGUGACUGACUUAGCCAAGGCCAAGUCUCCCAGCUUCAACCAGCAGCACACUGAUAUCUGCAGUGCCGGCUGGGCGCCGGAAGAUAACGGAAGAAUAGUGAAGGGGCCAAGCACUCUGCCCUACGAGGCUUCAAUACGGGGCGUAAGCAGGGGCCGUGGUGAUUUGGGUUCCAUUUACGUCUGGGGUUGUGGUAACAGUGGCACAAGCCACGGUAACUGCGACCUCGAUGGCUACAGCAGCAGCAUACAGACGCUGUCUGUCAGCAGCACCACGGAGAGCCGGAAAUCGGCCUUCUACAUCGAGCUGUGUGCUGCCAUUCUAACCGCCGUGUACAGUGGGAGCAGCCUGCAUCGGCGCACAGUCGUAAGACACUGCCGACUACCUGUCCUGCACACUUCAUAUGUUGGCACUUCAGCACCUGCCCAUCUGGUUGCCAGCAUCACCGCACUGGUUUUAGAGGCAAACCCUGCACUGACCUGGCGUGAUGGGCAGCAUACAACAAUCCAGCCUUCUAGACCUUCACAUCUCAGAUCGGAUGACUGGCAAACAAAUGGCGCUGGCAGACCGGUCAGCCAUUAUUAUGGGCAUGGACGUCUUGAUGCUGGGAAGCUGGUCCACCUGGCCAGGAAAUGGACAGCUGUCCAUCCUCAGAGGAAGUGCAUGAGCGAUGUCAUCACCCGGCCCCUUGAGCUACAUGGGAACCUAAUAUUGAAAUGGAAUGAGACAGCUUGCCUGAGGACCAGAAAUUGGAUUCGCUCUCUUGAACACAUCCGGGCAAGACUCACCUUGACCUACACCAGGCAUGGAGAUCUCUCCAUUGUCCUCAUCAGCCCACUGGGAGCACAGUCCACUCUGGUCACCAUCAGGCAUUCUGAUGCAUCUACAAAGGGAUACUCAGAUUGGGCCUUGACAAGCUUCCAUAGCUGGAAUGAAGACCCUACAGGGGAAUGGACUCUCCAGAUAGAAAAGAGGGGCUACUGGCCCACCAGCGGUAUUUUGUCUAAAUUCCAACUAGAGCUAUACGGGACAAGGGAGUGCAUGAGAGCACGCCGGGUGGGACGGACGCCUGUUUGGAAGUGUCUGAUUCUCAGCUCUAAUGGCAGCUGUACCGAGCAUCAAAAUGAGAUGAAAAUCUGCAGAUCAGAUAGAGCGAAUUCCAUGUAAUGUGUGUUAUUUGCCUCCGAGUAUUUUCCAAGUACUCAACAAAAAUAAUGUUUCUUUAAAUGACACUAAUAAAACAGAGUACUCCCAUUUAACAUCUGAAAAAACAAAUUGCUAGACAUAAUCCGUUAUCAGAAAGUAAUGGGGACAAUGAUGAUUUAAAAUGAAAUCUCCCAUAUGUAAUUAGACAACAUGCCUAUCAAUUGUUACCCGUACAUAGCAACUAAUGCUUAACAUUUACAGAUGUUUUUGCUAUCAAAGUACAAAUCAGAUUUGUAGCAGUACAACUGUAGCUAUUUUCAUCAAACUUGACAUAGGCAAAUUAUAUUUUUAUGCAGGAUAAUAAUACACAGAGUUCUGAGUUUCAUGACAGGAACAUACCCCUGUUAGCCUGGAGGGAACCUGCCUGCUCAUUCAUGACAAAGUUUGGGAUUCAAAAGUGGCAGAUUGCAUGUUUAAACUAAUCACAUCAAUGCCUAUAUCUGAAAUCAAGAACAAAAUCUGUAUGUGAAAUGUUUUUGUUUUAUCAAGUAUUAUGGACACAUCCUAGUAUAAUUGAUUCAUAUUCCAUGCAGCUGUACAAUUCAUAAAUCAUUACUUGGAUUCAUUAUUAAAUAUAUGGCUACUGUACUGUUACUGUACUGAUUUGUUACUGGGAAUUCAUACUUGGACAAAUUUACAAUAUUUUUCUGACGUGAUUUGGCUGGGCUUGGAUGCCACUUAUCUUGCCUGGACUUAUUCAGUCAGAUACCCAAUAUGGGAUCAUUUAUAAGUCUCAUUAAGGUGGGAAUUUGAAGACCGGUAUUGGGACACUGGGGUACAUGUACACUAGUGUCUCAUGCUCUGCUGUCCUGAAAACCUCUGAACCUGCAAUAAUUACGCACACUUUCAUGGGAAACGCGUGUCCGAGACUGUACCUCUAACGCUUUCUGGAUUUUAGUUUUUCUAGCGGCUCUUUCUUUUU